CUUAUCAGCCGUUAUCAGUCACUAGAGCUAAGGGGGAGCGCCGCUGUGGCCGCAUAGAGGGUAUAUAACGUCGCGCCACCGCAGCAGACAGUUCAUAGUUACCUUGGUCAAUUGAUCUUUCUUCGCAAAACUACUCCGCUUGAAAGCGUCUCCGAAGAUGCGUGCCUUCGUGUGCAUGCUGUUGGCCAUGGCCGCCGUGGCCGUGAAUGGCCAGUUCGAUACACACCAGUGGGGUGACCGGAGCGGUAUCGUGCAUCUGUUCGAGUGGAAGUGGAACGACAUUGCGGCCGAGUGCGAAAACUUCCUCGCCCCGAAUGGAUACGGUGGUGUGCAGGUAUCGCCACCGACGGAGAAUGCCGUCGUCUGGAGCCCGCGCCGUCCGUGGUGGGAACGGUACCAACCGAUCUCGUACAACCUGAACACACGCUCCGGUUCGGAGACCGAAUUCGCGAACAUGGUACGCCGGUGUAACGCCGUCGGUGUCCGCAUCUACGUCGAUCUGGUCAUCAACCAUAUGGCGGCCAUCACCAGCAACGGUGGAACCGGUGGUUCGACCGGUAACGCCGGCGGUAUGGAGUUCCCGGCCGUACCGUACGGUCGGAAUGACUUCAACCCGGUCUGUACGAUCAACAACUACAACAAUCCGGUCGAGGUGCGCAACUGUCAGCUCGUGGGGCUGCCCGAUCUGAACCAAGGUAACCAGUGGGUGCGUGACCGUAUCGUGGAUUUGAUGAACAAGAUGGUCGGUUACGGUGUGGCCGGUUUCCGUGUCGAUGCCGUCAAGCACAUGUGGCCCGGCGAUCUGCAGGCCAUCUACAGCCGCAUGAACAACCUGCCGACGGAUCAGGGCUUCCCGGGUGGCGCUAAGCCGUUCAUCACGCAGGAGGUGAUCGAUCUGGGCGGUGAGGCGAUCAGCAAGGACGAGUACACGCACCUCGGUACGGUGACGGAGUUCCGCUUCUCGGCCGAAAUCGGUCGUGCGUUCCGUGGUAACAAUGCGCUCCGGUGGCUCGUCAACUGGGGCCCGGAGUGGGGCUUCCUGCCUUCCCAUCUCGGUCUGGUGUUUGUCGACAAUCACGAUAACCAGCGCGGUCAUGGAGCGGGUGGUGAUCAGGUGCUGACGCAUAAGGUGCCGAAGCAGUACAAGAUGGCGAAUGCGUUCAUGUUGGCCCACCCGUACGGUAUUCCGCGUGUCAUGAGCUCGUUCUUCUUCAACGAUGGUGACCAGGGACCGCCGCAGGAUGACAAUGGUAACCUGGUGUCGCCCAGCUUCAACGCGGACGGAUCGUGCGGUGGUGGAUGGGCUUGUGAGCACCGGUGGCGUCAGAUCUACAAUAUGGUCGGUUUCCGGAAUGCCGUCGCCGGUACGUCGCUCAACGAUUGGUGGGACAAUGGUAACAACCAGAUCGCUUUCUGCCGCGGUGGCCGUGGAUUCGUCGCGUUCAACAAUGAGGGUUACGAUCUGAACCAGAGCCUCCAGACGUGUCUGCCGGCCGGUACGUACUGCGAUGUGAUCUCGGGCAGCAAAUCGGGCGGUAGCUGCACCGGUGCCAGCGUUACGGUCGGUGGUGACGGCCGUGCCAACAUCUUCAUCUCGGCCAACGCCGACGACGGUGUGCUCGCGAUCCAUGCCAACUCGAGACUGUAAGAAGCGACCGCUAGCUGCAAUCCAAGUAUGCUGAGUGAUGCAAGGAUCACAAUCCGCGCAAUCACUCGUGACGAUCUAUAUAGCUUUAAUAAACUGCAUAUUCACACCAACUUGUACUGUGAUUGAGCAGAUCAAUGCGAACGAGUAAAACGAAUCACACACACACACAUACAAAAUUGUUUGGAAAAAAAAGCAACCGGAAAUCUAUCUUUAAUGGGUCACUACCAAGAGAGUAGUGCACUGGGCGUAAACCUAUGGGUCCACACCUUUCGAUGAUCCGAUGACCUAUAUACACCUCCCCCCGUACCAGUGCCCGUAUGCCCAACCACCCGCAUUUCGGCCACGAACAUGAAGGAAAAUGAAAGCUAACGCAGUCUACAGUCGCCUGAUACCGUUUACACAAUUAAGGCACCCGAGUCCACGAGCCAGUCGACGAUUCCGAGACGCUCGAGAGACUCAACGCAACGCAUCAAACGGACAGUAGCUUUCGGAAUGGGGUCCAGAUUCAAAGAAAAGAUACUUUGUUCCCGGGCCAGCAGCUAUUUCGUCGAUGGAGAUGGAACGAAGAUCAUCGUGGUUCUGGGUAUAAUUUAAUUGUCAAAUGCGGAUCAAGCAUGCCGGGGGUGCGAUUGCCAUGGUGACCCAGCACUCUCUGACAGGAGCGAACACCCGACCGACCGAACGAUUCCUAUUACGGAGAAGGCCUUGGCCAUUGGCCGCCUUUGGCCCCAACGGCUAAAGCAAAGAGAAGCAAAUAGAAAGGAUGACCCAUUAAAUCAUCUUUAAUAGAUCGAUGCUGAAGUUGAAGGUUCACCGGAGAGGAAUCCCUUCGUUUUAACCUCGUCAACCGAGCCUUCCCGGAGCGAGAUUUCGGAAAGCCGGCAUUCAAUGCUCCCACCGGUCCUAUGGUCUACCGGUGGUUGUCAAGUUUCCGUUUCGAUGCUAUUGCGUGCGCUUCCCCACGGGGACCACGAACCCACGAUGGAAGCUACUGGCGUCACCAGACCCUACGGAUUGACGUCAACGUCGACGGCGCUCGUUCCGCGGUCUAGAAGCAGCAGCAAGCAGAAGAAGCCAGGGCCGGUGCGAAACAGUUCACGCCUGACCGGAUCGGAAUCCCGUGUCCCCCGGGGGGAGUUGUACGCUAAGCGGAGAUCUAAUCAAUCCCUUUGCACCGCCAUUAAUCGUGUGAAUUGGGUUAAGAGGAACGCAUGGCGGUUGCCCGGCCACCAUACGAUGCAGCCCCACUGAACGCUGACCGUAGUGGCAGGCAGGUACCCUUCCCAAAAUCGCACUCAGCGCAUCUGUAAGAUCGCGCACCUUAAUUGUUCAUCAAGCGUCCACUUCGACCGAACGGACCGACACGUUCCGGCCGUCCGUCCAUCGAAAAGGUUGAAUGGAGUGGAGGGAGCACAAGGGAUGGCGAAAAAUCAAUCGCUUGUGAAUGAUCUUCAUGGCGGCUAAAAGAUCGGGAAGUCCGUUACCGCCACAUUCCCAUCGCCGUCUUCAAACCGUCCGUCCAGGAGGGGGCCACCGAGAGCGAUUUGGAAAAUGCAGCAACAAUACAAUAAUUGGAGGGGAAAGUUUCGCUCUCAGGCCGCAAGCCACACCAAGCACCAGCCACCACCGUAGCCACCGAACAUACCGGGACGUGUAAAAGUGUCAAUCAUCGAGGGACGGGGCAGCCGAAGGGCUGACCAGCCUAGAGGGCGGCUCUAGGCGAUGCGUCAGUGAGAUGUGUCAUUAUGGUCGCACUCAUUCAUCGCACAACAACAACGGUGAACGGUUGUGAUAGAGAUCAACUUCCCAAACUUUACCAGCAGGGCCAACGUAUUAAAAGGAAACUAAGUUAAAGAUCGUGGACUAACUUCGCUCGUGAU